UGACCCUGUUUAUUUUCUUCAGAUGUCCAAUAAACGGUAAAAUUUCAAUAUUUUUAGCACUGGUUACAGCUCAUAGGAAAUAAUUCCAUCAACUAUGAAGUUUAACGUCCAUUCUCAGUUCUUGUUACUGUCAAUUUUUUUAUUUAUUGUGUCUAGUGCUAUUGAUGAAGAAGAUUUCAAAGUUGAUAACUGGAAAUUUCAUUUUAUUCCUGGUACUUCUAUGGGGUUAUUUAUGGCGCUUGCUUUACCCUUAGGCGGUCCCUAUAGAAAUGCUUAUUUGGCUUAUAAUUUUGAAGCUAAUUAUCAAGUCCCUGGAAACGAGACAUCUUUUGAAUAUCCACCCCUUCUAGGAAGAAACAUUGACAGGACAUUGAUUUAUCAAGCACUAGAGACUAAACUACGAUCAAUUGGCUACUCAGGAAAACCGUGCCUACUGAGAAUCAUUUGUGAAUUAGCUUCAUCGCCAACCAUUCUUCACGUAAAUGGUAUUUUGGGAGAUAUUCUGCAUGUUGUUUUUACCCCGUCAACAUCGAAAAAUAAAAAUUUAGAAGAAGAUUACGAAAUUGCUGAAGAAGUUGGUAGACAGUUGAAGGAUUGCAAGAAAUUUUCGCAAAAAUGUGACACUAGUUUUUUGGAUCUUGUAACGUGGUUAGGAAAUUCUUCUGAAAAUAUAGGAUAAAAAUUAAGU